AUGCUCCGCGGAGAAAGCGACGAGUCUGCGCAGAGUGUUGAGAUAGAGGUUGCCAAAAUUUUCAUGGUUACUGGAUUUGAAAGCAAUUACCUUGGAACAACUAUAGAAAGAUAUGCUCCGGGAAGUAUCAUUGUUAUAUCCACGGUGUAUUUCCACGUGGACAGUACAGCGCAGGAGACGGACAUCGUGGACUCUCUUGUCGUUGGGAUCCCUGUUUUACAAUCAAAAGGACUUGAGGUCCUUCCCGGAGACAUUUCUGUAUCAGCUGUAGACGAGUGUGAGAGUGAGGAGUGGAACAGUUGUUCUCCUUACUCCACCUGUACCCAAUCGUCAGGUGUGUAUCACUGUAUCUGCUUCACCGGCUUCAUGGAUAUAGGCGUGGAGGACGGUCAACCUCCGGGUUCAACAUGUGCAGUCAUUGACGAGACCAAUCAGGACCCAAUCCUAGGGUUUGUAGUGUCCACUGAAUUCAAAUUCUACCGCGUGGGUGAUGCCGUGGUGUUUACAUUACAACUGGCGAGGGGAUCACACGUCCGGUACACUGCUGACUACGGCGAUGGAGGAGUUGAUGUUGUUGAUGACCCAGAGGACCUUGCGUUCCUUUCACCAGUGUCUAUGACCCAUAGGUAUUCGGCCUCUGGGAAUUACACAGUUAUCAUUUCUGCCAGCAACAUCAAUUCCCAGAAUACAUUCACUCAUCAAGUGUUUAUCCAAGACGUGAUCGGAAGUUUCCUCUUGGACUGUAAAGAGCGAAACAAGUCUUAUCCUGGAGACAUUGACUUCGUUAUCACAUCCAAGUCCUUGAUACCUUUCGCAAACAUCUAUAUACACUGUGCGUUUGGUGAUGGCAACACGCUGUACGAAUACGUCAGUGACACGAAAAACAAUUCGUACUUCACCUUCAGUCAUACCUUCAAUCCAGGGGUUUUUCAGACCACUUUAAACAUAUCGAACAUGGUGAGUUUUCUUAUUUCGCAGAAAAAUUUCAUCAUUGAAGAACCUAUUUCUGGAUUGAGUGUGUCCAGUAGUAAAUACGUUAUUACAAAGGGAACCGAAAUAGUCCAUACAAUCAGGACAUUAACAGGAUCGAAUGUGACACUUAAUGUCGAUUUCGGAAAUAAUGAAAAUACUUCCCUAUCAUUAAACAAUAUUCGACGCGGACAGACAUCUGUCCAUUUCCCAUUCAUCUACUCAGACGUCGGUACCUACAGCGUGACAGUUACCGCUAAAAACGUCAACUCUUCUCAAUCCAGGGUGUCUCAAUUCAUCUCCGUACAGAAUCCCGUUAGAGAAAUUGUUCUUCAAGUGCUCAAUCCCCUUGUGCUGUCUCCCCCUGGCAACAUAUCUUCUGAACUGUCGUUUAUCGGAGGUGAGGACCCACCAUCCCACAUGGUGUGUUUGACAAUUCUGAAUAACACUUACUCUUCGAGUGUUUACAUAGAACUUAUGGACAACACAAAUCCGGUUUACCUGAAUACAUCUUGGGAUAACGUUGAACUUGUCGGAGAUGUAGAAAUGUUUGUCAACUGUUCUAACAAGUUAAAUUCAGUACUAAUGAUAAACUGGAUUAGCAUUCAAAGAAAAAUAGAAGGAUUAUCAAUACAUGUAAACAAGAUGUAUAUACCUGUCAACGGUCAAGUCCAUUUUGAUUUCUUGAUUGGUGUUGCAUCGCAUCCCAAAUACGAAAUAUCUUUCAAAGAUGGCUACGGGCUAUCGGGGGCGUUAGAUCAAGAUAUAUUCAACAAUAGACAUAUAUCGAAAACACACACCUUUCAGCAGAAAGGGUUAUACGUUGUGACUUUUACUGUUGGAAACGCAGUAUCGACAGCCACAGCUGAGGUAGAGAUCUGGGUAUUGACGGAGGUAAAGGGACUCGCUUUCGUGAGAUAUUAUGCUAUGUCCGAUAAAUUUGACCUGCCCAACUACGGACAUGGUGACAGAAGUAACAUAUUCCCACUGGAAAGGAAUAUCAUAAUAAACGCAUCCGUGUCCAGCGGUAAUAAUCUAGUUUUUGGUCUGAUGUUCGGGGACGGCGUCUCUUUGACAAGUACAGAUGAAGUAAUGAGGCGAAAGAUUGAUAAUCCAGGCACUUACAACAUCAAACUGAACGCUUCCAAUCAGCUGUUUUCUGACACAGCAGAGGACAUCAUCACUCUGCAGCAGAUAGUUCAGAUCCAUACCAUUAGUAACGAUGGCCCGUCGGACGCUUUUGAAACGAUCACGUUUAAAAUGGAACUAGCACGACCCGGAACGGAUUCGUGUUUUGUUUGGGACAUGGGUGACGGUUCACAGGAAACGAUAUAUGGGGAAAGUUUGUGCGAAGACGAAGCGAGAACAAAUAAAUAUUAUUAUGUUAAUUGGUCACCAACGGCAGUUUUGGAACAUUCACAUAUGUAUAGAACAAAUGGUACAUUCACGGUAAAUGUGACAGGUUUCAACAUCGUGUCAACUCAGACGGUCACUGACUUAGCAAUCAUCACUGGGAUCAGUUGCUUCUAUCCUAAGGUAAACAUAGAAGGAGGAGACCAGCAAAUUGACCGCCCAGUCCAUCAUUAUAGAUCAGAAAGAAUAAUUCUCGAGGGCACAGCAGAAGUCAACUGUAAGGCUUCGGAUGAAGUCAGCUAUGAGUGGAAAAUUUACAAGAUUGAUGAAGGUAAAACGUAUCUGAACUACAUCUUUAACGAAUUUCCUUUAGACCUUGUGGAUACUGAUCGCUUCAGAAUGUUAUUACCUCCUAGCACCUUCAUAGCCGGUCAUUAUAAAAUAGUUUUAAACGUGUCUAUGAUUGAGAUUCACGGACUCUCCUCUAUCCACUUCACGUAUUUGAAUAUCACCAACACAUCGCUUUCGGCCAGCUUUGUAGGUGGCGUUAUGCGAAGCAUCGGCUUUAACACGGAUUUUGAAAUGGAUGCAUUGUCCGAUUCAUACGACCCGGACAUACUCGAUGCGACGAACAAAACGGGGUUGACAUUUACAUGGAGGUGUCGUCUUUCGCACGAAACAUUCCCCAGUGGUAGUCCAACGACUGUGACGAUUCCAACUAUUGAACAGCGACAAAAUAUGACUUGGGGAAAGGGCUGUUUUGGAACAGGAAUCGGCAACUUGGAGAUAAAAGAUGGUAUCUUUACUUUGAAUUCGUUUCUGUUCAAACCUAACUCUGAAAACGUUUUUGAAGUGGUAGUACAGAAGGAUGAACGAACGUCGAUUGCCCAACAAACUUUAGUUGUGAUAGAUGGAGAACCUAAGCAGCUACAUAUCAAGUGUGAGAUUAACUGUAAUUCCAAGAUGAAUCCUUCGGGUGAAUUCAUCCUGCUUGGAAGUUGUCGGGACUGUAGUCCGUUUGAUAUCGUUCCCUUCAAAUGGUCAUUGUUCCUGCAAAAUCUAACGACGCUAAAUUUUGAAGAGGUCAACGAGCUUGCAGACUUUGCAAAAGCGGAUAUCUCAAGUUCAGUUUUGGUGUUGAAACCGGCAACAUUGACAGGAGGAAGAAAGUAUCGCCUAAAACUGGAGGCUCAAGUGCAUGGCUACGCUGAAUCUUUUACCGUGUACGAGUUUCUCACCAAUCUACCUCCAUAUGGUGGGAUGUGUAGUGUCAUACCCGAGAAAGGAUUCGCUCUUGAGACGACUUUCACGAUCGCAUGUCACGGCUGGAAGAAUCAUGGCGAAGAUCAGGAAAAUUUGGAGUAUACGUUUUGGUUGAGGCCUCGGGAUAGUAACCACAAUCAACUUGUGUUUUAUGGCCGACAGCCAUACACCCCGGACUCGCAGUUCCCACUUGGACCCAGUAAACAUAAUCACAGCAACGACAUUACCGUCAGAAUCCAAAACCCAAUUGGAGAAUACAUUGAAACCCCACUAGAGGUUCAGGUGAUGAAUCCAACGAAGGAAGAAGAUGUGGACUCGUUGAUAUCACUUGCCUCUGGUGAGAACAACGAAAUAUCCGUUCUUCUCUUGUCAGGAAAGAGUCAAGAGGCUAAACAGCUAAUCGUGGCUAUGGCCUCCCUAAUCAAUGAUUCACCGCUUAAUUUCGCUGGAGAUCAUACCGUACAGGAAAUCCCCACAACUGUACAAUCACCUAACAACACAACGUAUCUUAAUACUACAACGAUUAAAACAACCAUCGCUACGAGUAGCACAGCUACAAAAGGCACAGAAACUAUUCUAACAACAGUCGAUCCGGUCAAAGCGGAGCAGGACAGACUCAACAAGGAGCAAGAAGAAAAACAGAAACGCACGCAGUUUCGUGAGGUGCUGGCCAACACUCUUAAACAGCAAACGGACUCACUGUCAAUAAACUCCCUACAACAAACGGCAAUGUGCUUUGCUGUGGUUUGUGUCGAGACAAGCGAACUUUCCGAUAACACACAGGACAUCGUAGUGUCUUCCAUGCUAAAAAUGGCGAACUCUCUGGAAGUAUUGGUGGGAAAUUCGAAAUUCGAAUCGAUGGAUCAAGAAUGGGACACUGCAGUUGACAUGUUGGCUUCCCUUGGAAAUGUGGCAAUGGCCGCUGUUGACAUGACUUUAGAUGAGGUUAUCGUCAGUUCAUCUAGUACGGAAACACAGCAUACACAGAGUCCAACACAACCAGUAGGAAGCAAUGAUCUCAACACGACACAGACCCACUCAACUACAACCGAGAACACGCGGUCCACGACUUUGACUAACAAAGAAAUUAGGAGGCAAAAGGUAAAAGAGAUUGCUACUAAGGUUUUGGAGGUAACGGAGAUAUUGUAUCAGACCGCCAUAAAGACUCGUAUCCCCGGAGGUCCUCCAUUGCGCCUUGAAGCAGAACAUAUGUCUAUUGUUGCCGAGAGAAGACAGGUUAACAAGCUCAUUAAGGCAGUACUGAACGUCUCGAGUGGUAGUUUCGCCAUGCCAUCGUCUGAUGAAAUCAUCAACAGUACUGCAAAUACGUCUUAUAUCGACUCCAAGGUUUUGAGUGCAACUCAGAACACGUACGUAUGGGAUGACAGCUCAAGCAAAAUAAAGACUCCAGUAUUGUCACUCUCGCUGUACGACAGUGACAAGAAUGAAAUCCUUCUAGCAGGUCUGAAAAAUGACAUCACUAUAGACAUAGCCCUUCCGUCGACGCCUCCCGACAACAUCCGGAUGCUCAGUGUCUCCAAUUUGGAUGAGGAACUUACUGAGUUUGUCGUGGAGGCGAAUUCUAAUGAAACCUCCAUUCAUUUCGUUAUUCGGCCCGAGGGAGACGCCCUCCUGGAAGUGUUUGUCCGAUACCAAGUCGCUCCUACUGUGGAUAUGUAUGAUAGUGUAUUUCUCAUUCCCAAUUAUGAUGUGCUACCUGGUAGUGCCGAGGUCGAUGACGACGAAUUUGCACACACGGUAUUCAUAUCACCAGAAUUUGUUCAAGAGCAUGGCACAGGUUCCUAUAUAGUCGCCAUCAAGCCAUUUGAAAACAAAACAGCAGAAGUUGAAACAUAUGAUGAAUAUUAUGCUGACUAUGUAGGACCAACGCUCAAGGACGAAAUACGAGUAAACUUAAGUAUUACGUACAGAACGUCCGGGUGUCUCUUCUGGAAUAUCACGGAGGAUAGAUGGAUGUCCGACGGUUGUAGGGUCAGCCCACUUUCGAACAGUAAAUUUACGAGGUGUCUUUGUAACCAUUUAACUUCUUUCGGGGCUGAUUUCUACACACCGCCUAACAAGAUAGAUUUCAACACUGUAUUUGACAAUCUUGGAGCGAAGAUUGCAGACAACUGGGCCGUACUAGCUACGCUGUGCUUUAUCUUUGUUUUAUUCUUCAUACUGGCUGUUUGGGCACGUCACAAAGAUAAACUCGAUGUCGUAAAGUGGGGCGUGGCUCCACUAUCUGACAACGUGGUCAGCGACCCGUACUAUUACCAGAUCUCUGUAUUCACGGGCAUGAGGAGGGGUGCUGGUACGAAGUCAAAGAUUAGUUUUGUACUGGCCGGCGAUAACGAGGACACCGGUGUACGAAACCUUGCAGACGAAAAAGGCAUCAAGGUUUGCAGUAGAGGAAGUGUCAACAACUACGUGAUGAGUACACAACAGUGGCUGGGACCUCUGACGUAUUUACGUAUCUGGCAUGACAAUAAAGGAAAAGGAAAACACCAGGGAUGGUACUUGAGUAAAGUUGUCGUAUCCGACCUUCAGACGGGGCAGACGUACUAUUUCAUGUGCAAUCGUUGGCUGGCGGUGGAGGAGGAUGAUGGAAUGGUCGAUCGGAUGUUACCCGUGGCCGGAACGGAAGAUCUCACUAAAUUCAACACCCUCUUCUUGACGAAAACAAAGCGGAGUCUCACAGAUUCUCAUUUGUGGAUUUCUGUAUUCUCACGGCCACAGCGAAGUCAUUUCACAAGAGUUCAACGUCUUUCCUGCAUUCUUUCUCUCAUAAUGACGACAAUGGUGGCUAAUGCUAUGUUCUAUAAAUCAGAGGGUAAUGUUGAAAACAAAGAAUCAUUCACGAUAGGACCGAUUGAAUUUUCCCUAAGUGGACUUUAUAUCAGUUUCAUUAGCAGUCUAGUUGUACUUCCUGUUAAUUUGAUCAUUGAUAAUAUAUUCCGUAAAACACGACCUCGACAAAAUAAAGUAACGAAUUCUUUUGUAAGUAAUAUCCAGCCGCUACGAACACUAUCACAAGUAGACCUUCGUCCUUGUAAAAUUGACGAUGACACCACUAUAUCUGAGGUAACAGACGACGAUUUCAACGUCCAAAAGCAAAAUCUCAAAAGUGAAUCAGCAAAUACAAUUGGCGGAGUAUCUACUGCCUCGGACAAAGUUUUGAUCAACAGGGCAUCCGAAUCAAGUCCAGCUAACAGUAAAUCUAAACAGCCGAAUCCGAAGGCAAAAUUCAGCCUUCCGCCUCCAUGUAUAUAUAUAGCGUGGGCUUUGGUGUUUUUGUCAUCUGUUGUAUCAGGUUUCAUCACCUUCCUCUAUAGCAUGGAAUGGGGCAAGGAGAAGUCUCUGGCAUGGUUGUCGGCAAUGCUUCUGUCUAUUGGAGAAUCUAUUACAGUUAUUCAACCGACAAAGAUCAUCACCAUUGCUGUAAUCAUAUCGGCCCUGUUGAAGAAACCGGAUGUAGAAGAGGUCGAGGAUAAUGAUGACACGCCAAUGGCACCAAGACGUGACGAAGAACUUCUCUUCACAAAACCAACCAAAGCAUUGCGGCCGUUGGUAAAAGUAGACACACCAGAUCCCCAAAAACUGGCAGACGCUCGAAAGGUUCGCCUCAACGAGAUCCAUAUGCACCGCAUCAUCAGGGAAAUCAUUUUCUAUUUCAUUUUCCUGGCAUUGAUAUUACUGGUGGCUAGUCACAAUAGGGACCCCAAAGCGUACACUGUGAAAACGGCCAUGAUGAAUGUUGUGAAUCCGAAAAACACUCUGUUCAAGGUAAAAACGGUGUCUGAUUUCUGGUCUUGGCUGGAGAAAACAUUGCUACCAAAUAUGUACCUCACCCACAAAUGGAAUGGAGAUCUGGCAGAUGAUGAGGAGCAGCGUCUAAUAUCUACUCGUACGGCGUACCGGGUGGGACCGAUUCGUGUGCGCCAACAACGCGUAAAGAGAGAGGGUUGUAAAGUAUCGACAUACAUGCGUAACAUCAUCGCUAGUUGUGCUGUAGACUGGGACAUUGAUGACGCUGACGACCAAACGUAUGGGGACUCUUGGCAGCCACCGAAAGUAAACGAAUCAUUUACUCACAUUGUGAACUAUCCCUGGAAGUAUCGUCCGUUCCUGGACACAGGAGGGCUGCCGUAUGCGGGAGAAUUAGGAGUUUAUCCGGGUGGAGGGUAUAUAGUGGAUUUUAUCGGAAAGAGGGAACGUGCUUUUCAGUUCUUGAACGACUUGCGUCGAAAGAACUGGAUUGACCGAUAUACUCGUGCAGUGUUCCUUAUGUUCACUGUCUAUAACGCCAAUGUUAACAUGUUUUCAACAAUUAACAUUGUGUUCGAAAUGCCCAACACUGGUGAAUUCAUGGUCAAAGAAAACAUCAAUACCUUCCGACUGUUUUCGUACCUUGGCGGAUAUGGUAUAUUUGUUAUAUUCUGUGAGCUAUCAGCGGCUAUCAGCGUAAUAUACUUGUUCAUCAGAGAAUGUAAACAAAUUCGGAAGGAGAAGAAAAAAUACUUUAAAAGUUUCUGGAACGUAUUACAACUACUCACGAUGAUGACAGCUCUCGGAUCUAUCAUUAUGUAUAUCAUCAGACAUUUCAUCACAGCUAUCGCCGUGUCGAGGGUGACGAAACUGCGAGAUAAAUUCUACAAUUUUGAAAAAGUCGCCAUGUGGGACGAGGUGUUCGGCUAUGUUAUAGCGUUUACAAUCUUCGCAUCCAUUAUCAAGCUCAUCCAUAUGUUCCGUUUCAAUAGAAAGAUGUCAAUGAUUGCAGGGACACUGAAAAAUUCUACGAGUGACAUAUCUGCUUUCUCCUUUGUCUUUCUUGUAUUCCUGUCAGGGUUUGCUAUCUGGGGAUAUGUUAUGUUCGGACGAAACAUGGCGUCAUAUAAGAGCAUGAUUCAGUCCAUCGAGACCUUACUGGCAUUUUCCUUGGGAGAAUAUGACUACCUCGCUUUGGUAAAUGCUAAUCGGAUCUUCGGACCAUUGUUUUUCUUCUCGUUUUUCCUCUUCAUUAACUUUAUUCUUUUAAACGUCUUUGUCACUAUCCUCAAUGAAUCCAUCUCUGCAGUACGAAAAGAUGUGUCCAAGCAGAGCAACGAGUUUGAAAUUGUGAGCUUUGCUUGGUCGCGAUUUAAAGGCUGGAUAGGAAUAGACUUUGACAGAAUACUACUGGAUGUACAGCGGAAAUACAUGAUUGGUAAAAACGACGAGGCGCCCCCUACCAUUGACGAUUCAAUGAAAAACAUCGCCAGUAAGCUCGAUACUAUAAUCAGCCGACUGGAAAAACUUGACCAAGCAGAAGCUGAAAACCAACAGGGGAAAGGAGCAUUGCGGCAAGCCUCCCCUCAAAUCAUCAUCCGAAGCGACACACCACUUUUCACCAGGCUUUUCCCAACUCUUGGCCGCCAAAAAAUCAACCUUGAAUAAUCAAGCGAUAUUUCGUAAUAUGAGGCAAAUCAGCAGUAAAGGUCGCGGCCAACUUUUGAUCAUUCACACCCGCUGUUUUCGAUACUACACACCCGUUGUUUUUGAUACUGGACACCCAUUGUUUUCGAUAAGAUAUUCAAUUGUUUCCGUACAGCUAUUUUAGAUUUUCUUUAGCAUACAACUAUUUUAAAAUUUAUUUCCGUAAAGCCAUUCUACAAUUCCUCUUUCGUACUGCCAUUUUACAAUUACGUUACCAUAUAGCCAUUUUACAAUUACGUUACCAUAUAGCCAUUUUACAAUUACGUUACCAUAUAGCCAUUUUACAAUUACGUUACCAUAUAGCCAUUUUACGAUUCGGUUUUAGUACAGUCAUGGUACAAUUCCUUCACGGUACAGCCUUUCUACAAUUCGUUUCCCUUCAGCUAUUUUAUUAUUCCUUCAACGCAUAACCAUCUUAAAAUCCCCUACCAUACAACCAUUCUACAAUUUCUUUACUAUACAGCCAUUCUACAAUUCGUUUCCAUACAGCCAUUUUACAAUUCCUCUUCCAUAAACCAUUCUACAAUUCGUUUCCGUAGAGCCAUUUUACAAUUUAUCUUCUAUACAGCCAUUUUUUCAAUUCCUUUACCAUACGUAAAUUCUACAAUUCCUUUACCGUGCAGCAAUACUUCAAUUCCUUUACUAUACAGCAAUUUUACAAUUCCUCUUCAGUACAACUAUUUCACAAUUCCUUUCCAUACAAACAUGUAAAAAAAUCCUUUCCGUACAGUCAUUUUUAAAUUCCUUUCCGUACAGUCAUGUUUAAAUUCCUUUCCGUACAGUCAUGUUGAAAUUCCUUCCGUACAGUCAUGUUUAAAUUCCUUUGCGUACAGUCAUGUUGAAAUUCCUCUCCGUACAGGUCUAGUUAAUAUUCCUUUCCGUACAGUCAUGUUUAAAUUCCUUUCCGUACAGUCUUGUUAAAAUUCCUUUCCGUACGGUCUAGUUAAUAUUCCUUUCCGUACAGUCAUGUUUUAAAUUCCUUUCCGUACAGUCAUGUUAAAAGUCUUCUCCGUACACUAAUUAAACUAUUUAUUUGGUUCUGUACAAUCAAGAAACAAGGACAGAUAUUGCUGUUAUCUUUAACAAAAGUUUCAUUGACUCACACACACACAAGUACUCUUUUACUGAUAAUGCUGUAUUUCAUUUAUUGUCCAUUUACAUUGUAUAUUGUAUGUUGUACAUCAUGAUACCAUGUUUUUAACGAUUACCUGUUACGACGCGCCGGUGCAAUCAAGGUCAGAGAGGCGAAUAUAAAAAAAAGGGACAAAUAGACUGAUGGAAAACAAGAUGUAUCGGAAAUAAAACUGAUGGCAUAUAUGGAUAUAUCGGAAAUAUUACUGAAAGAGACGCUGGAAAUGUCGGAAUAUCGCAAAUCAGGAUGGUUAGAUAAACGUACAGAACAUAACAAAGGUUGUUGAAAUAAGAGAUAUACCGAGUAGACAACGGAGAAAGACCAGCAGAUAGAUACGUGAGAGAUUUAACCCAGUAAAUAGAUACGUGAGAGAUUUAACCCAGCAGGUAGAUCCGUAAGAGAUUUAACCAAGCAGAUAGAUACGUGAGAGAUUUAACCAAGCAGAUAGAUACGUGAGAGAUUUAACCCAGCAGAUAGAUACGUGAGAGAUUUAACCCAGCAGAUAGAUCCGUGAGAGAUUUAACCCAGCAGAUAGAUACGUGAGAGAUUUAACCCAGCAGAUAGAUACGUGAGAGAUUUAACCCAGCAGAUAGAUACCGUGAGAGAUUUAUACCAGCAGAUAUAUACGUGAGAGAUUUCACCCAGCAGAUAGAUACCGUGAGAUAUUUAACCCAGCAGAUAGAUACCGUGAGAGACUUAACCCAGCAGAUAGAUACGUGAGAGAUUUAACUCAGCAGAUAGAUACACGAGAGACCGGAUUGCAUUACUGGCUAAUAAAUGUGCAUUGAAAAUC